AGUUAAUCUACUUAAAAGGACUUCAGGAAUAAAACUGAUUAUACCUCAGUAUGCAAAAGACAUGCAACGGAAUUCAGAUAUUAUCGCUAAUUAUUUGAGGAAAAAUAAUGCCUUUAGAGCUGCCACAGUUUAAUUGCUCCUCACAUCAAUGAAUGAUUUUUCCUACCAAUCAUGAUAUCUUGACAGCAUAUACUCCCGUAGUGCAUUUAUCCCCAUUGCUAGAGGACUGUAAAUUAGAUUAACUUGACAAAAAGGUGACUGUUACACCUGAAUUUGAAAAGCUAACCAGUGACUAAUAGUAUAUAGUACCAAGUCCCGUACAAUUCCUCAAAAAACGAUGGCUGUCACGGAUUACAUCAUAGUACUUUGCCAUGGUUACUUGUUGCUUGUCAUUAUAGGAACUAUGAUGAAUGCAGUUGUUAUAGUAGUGAUGACAAACAAAGAAUUGAGACAAUUUUCUGUGUGUAUUUACAUAUUAGCACUGAGUUUCAUAGACAUCCUUUAUCUAUGGUUUCACUAUUUAAGACUAUGGUUAGAAGGUAACAAAAUCAUCGUGGAGAUUUCGCAUGGGUAUUGCAAAUUUUCACAAUUUUUUUCAGCAACGUGUACAAACAUAUCCUGUUGUAUUAUGGUUGCCAUAGCACUGGAGAGACUGGUGUCAGUGACAUCAGCUUUAUUGAGGAGAAAAUAUUUCACUCACGGAAAAGUGAAGUUUAUAACUUUUUGUAUUUGUUUUGUGAUAUACUGUCUGGACUCCUAUUGGCUGAUAUACACACAUGCGAUCAAAGAUGGCGAUAGUUGGCAAUGUUCAAUUGCGAAAUCACCCGCAAGUCAUACCAUUCAUACAACAUGUACUUACUUCAUUGGAUAUAGUCCCAUUGCUAUAGUUCUCUGUUUAAAUAUUGCAAUAUUUGUGAGGUUACAAUAUCAGUACCGGGGACUAUUUGUUAUUCGUCAACAAGCAUCUUUAGAUCAAGUCACACAACUCCAACAGAAGAAUCGACGGAUUAUUGACAGACAGUUGACAAUUAUGCUUUGCUCUAGUUCUUUAAUGUUUAUUAUUACGACCACUCCAAAUGCCAUAUAUGGUAUUAUUCAUCAUGCUAAUUUCAACAACCAACCAAGCCUCAUUUACAAUAUCGUCACAUUCACUGCUGGCCUGAAUUAUUCGGUAAAGUUUUUGAUAUAUUUAUAUUUUGGAAGAUCAUUCCGUUUAAAGUUUCUAGACAUGUCUCACCUAAGAUCAAAGAAAAGGUCAGAUUGUCCUCAUAUAGAAAGUCAAAAUAUGGAAAUGGCUAGACGCGACAUCGUGCAUCCGCAAGUUAAUAGCAUAUUAACAACUCGAUUGGUUGCGAAUGGAAUUGAAAGUUCUGUAUUACCAUCUUAGCAGUUUAAUUAAUCUGAAAAGAUUCUAAAGCUUA